CGUCGUUUUGAAAUUAUUCAACACAUCUCAAUCUCCAACCGCCGAAAAAAGCAGAAGCGACGCGCAUAAUUUCGAAUGCAAACGGUCGCGCAGCCCGCAAGUAGUUAAUAGCAAACAUCCGUUGAAAAUCGCCAGCGUGGAGUGCCGAGCAGUACAGUAAAUUGAAAACUCGAGUGCGCGCAAAGAAAUUCGCAUUUGCAUUGGCAUUUGCAGCAGCUGCAGCAACAACAAUGGACCCGUUUACUCAGCACAUGCUCGAGAAGGCGGAACAGCGCAGUCGCGCCCUCGGAAUUAGCAACGCCAGCAAAUUUCCCCCUCCGAGCACGGCCACUUCUUCUUCUGGCGGGGAUCCUGGGGUCCUGACCCAGAGAAGCCGCUCGCCAGGAGUACAGAGCACGGCCAGUGGCGGCGGCAAGGUCGUGAUACUGGACAAGGCCACGCUUGAGGCGUCUCCGGCCAAGCCGCUGCGUCACUAUGCGGCGGUCAACAAGGAGAACAUGGAGAUGGGUAUUGAGAUAAACAUUACCACCGACAAGCCGAUUGGGGUGCAAGUUGAGAUCCAGGAACAGGAGGUAACCGAUGACGACGAUGAGGAGGGAGGGGCUCUAAAUCCUCUACUGGAAGCGGCUCCAGUGAAUCAGCCGCUGGCCAGGCUGCGGGACACCUCGCGCAGUAGACUUCAGCGCAUGGGCGCCUUGUACUCUAACACGGAUGACCUCUCCUCGCCCAUUCACCGCACAGAGGGUCAGUUCCAUCUGAGAACGAAUGAGGACGAGAACUGCGACAAUCGCAGCAGUAAGCAGCCCAAGCAGAGAUUGGGCAAACUUGCCGCUUUGGCGGACACCAUCAACCAGUGGGAGGAUGACACGUCGCACCACGAAGUGCACAGACCUUUGGAUGCGCCCCCACCGAAACCACACUUGUCCAGCAGGCGGACGGAGAAGGCACCGGCCCCACAGCCCCCCAAGAAGGACGAAGUCGACGAGGCCGCCAGGACCAAGCAACUAAAGUGGGAUCCCAAGGUACUGAGCUCUCUGGAGGCCCAAGGUUUUCAACGCCGCGAAUCGUCGACCAUUAAACACACCUAUGAUUAUGCCAAACAGGGAGAAGCGGCGCCAGCUGGCAAACAGGAAGGGGCAGCGCCAGUGGCCAAACCGCCAGUGCCGGAAAAAUCGACGACGGUUAGCCAGGUGGCCAAGAACUUCGCCUCUGCUGCUCCGGCACCCAAGCCAGGUUCAGCAGCGCCUGCGGUUAGUGUAAAGUCUGGCUUGGUUUCCGGACGCGCCGCAAUUUUUGAGAGCAAAGGAGCCAGUGGGCAGUCGCAAGGCAGUCUACGCAAUCAGAAGGAUCCUUGCGAGCUGUCGCUGAAAGAGCGCAUGAAGCUGUUCGAGACAGGCAAUAACAAGGCUAUGUUGCCAAUGGCACCGAUAGGAUCCGCUCCCAGCAUUAGCCAAAUCCGGGCAGAGGAAGUUAAACAGCAUUUAGCGGCAGUGCAUCCAGUGACAGCUGCCGCUGCGACUACUGUAGUUGCAGCGGCCAAGCCUAAGACUGAAAACAAGCUGCGAGACAAGGUGGCCGCUUUGGUGGCAAAUGCGCAAUCAUGUGCCGAGACCCGCAUCAAGGAUAUUGAUCGUCAGAGGCAGGAGGACAUGCAGAUUAUUUCGAAUCGCUUCAACAAACAAAAGGAGCUCUUUGACAACCAGACAGCCGGCAGUUCCGUGCCAGCUCCAGCUCCAGCUCGAGCUCCUGCGCCGGCACCCAGUAAAGUAGUGCGGCCAAUGCCGCCACCUCCUCCACCGCCUAUCGCUGGUCUCUCACCCUCGUUGGCCAGCAGUAAAAGAAGAUCACCUGGUGAUGCGCCAAUCGCCGACGAGGAUUCCAAGCGGGCCCGCAAAUCAGAUACCGAUCGCCUGUAUCCCGCCCUGUCCGAUCUCGAUUCUAGCGGAGACAACUGCUGUGCCACCGAAACAGCUUCUGCUACGGAUGACAGCCAUCAACUGGAUGAUGACGAGACCGAAAGUUGCAUGGAUGAGUCGGAGGACCAGUCGCAGACUGAGGACAGCAGCGCUGGCAUGUGCAACGGCAGUCUGGGACGAGAGAUAAUGAGCGCAGUCCAGCGCAAUGAGGCGGAGAUGCAGCAGCACCCCGGCAAGAAGACUGUGCGCUAUGCGGACCACGACUUGUACUACAACCCCGAAGGACAGGACGACAGCUCGAUGAACUCCUCGCAGGUCUCUGGCGGCAUCGACGACUAUCUGGAUGAGGCGCUGGUACAGGACAACUAUGGCAGCACUCAGGAUGAUGAGAGCGACAGCGAGGACGAGCACAAUGCCAGUCGACUAUCCUUGGGCAGCAAAGGAACCACCGCUUCAAACAGCUUUUCCUUCCGUAAAAAUCCAGUCUCAUUAUGCACUCCCAUCGACGAGCACCAUGAGAUAAUGGACAUGCAGACGCCUCUCCCAAGUGGUGGACAACCGGUCAAGUCCGAAUUGAGCGUGAACCAGGACAACGACAACCUGGUCACCCUGGUACAUACAGUCAGCUUCUAUCGCCGCCAGCAGAGCGCCAAUAGCUCCAAUUCCACGCCGGUGCGAAAGAUCUGUCGCGAGCAGCAGGUGAUGCGAUCCGCUCUCGGUGGGGACUGUCAUGCCAAGCACAGACUGGAGUACGACUCUCCUCAGCAAAGUGAGAACACAGGAGCAUCCGCUGGUGUCACAGAUAAUCAGACCGACGAUGACGAUGAAGAUAUGCAAAAUGCGCGGGAAUUGAACGAAGCUUCUCAGGCGCAGGACAAAAUAAAGAAGCUGCUGAGUGAGGUGUGCAAGCAGCAGCAGGUGAUUGGUCAAGCCAGUCAGGCCCUUAACCUGUGCGCGGCAACCGUCGAGUUUUCCGGUUCCACAGAGUCCGUUGAGGGAGAGCGAUAUCUUCUACUGGCAACCCAUCGUCGCCAGGCCUGUUUGGACGAAGUUCAGCGUUUGAGAGUUGAGAACAGCAUCCGUCCCGUGGGUGCCCCAAAAGAAAAGGGCCUGCUGACGGUCAAGGACAUUACCAUUCCCCUAAGGCAGGAGUACGUGCGUAAAAUGGCCACUGGCAACAUCAAUGGUCAUCAUCUUGUGUGCCUACUGAAGUACAAUGAACACGUACUGGCCACCAAGACUGUGCCCACGAUGCCUGGCCUGUUGUCUGUCAAAUUCCCAGAUGUCCUGCAACUAAACAAUGUAUAUGCAGAUUUUAGGAUCACUCUGGAAAUCUAUGGUAUGCUGGCACAACGUGAUCAGCUGCCCCAUGAAUUGAAGUACCACAUCAAUUUAAACAAAAAGGGAGGCGUAAAGACGCCCAAAAAGAAGGGCGGCGAAAAUCGCCUGGUGAUGCCGCCGGUGCAGAGUCCGGCGGGACCACAUGUGGUUCGGACGCCGCAGCUCGUGCAAUACGGCUUUGCCAUCUUCUCGUUGCGAGAAAUCCAACGUACUUCCUGGACGCUGACUCAGGUGCUGGGCGUCAGCCCGCUGGAGGGCGUGGUUCACAUGAAGGUCAACUGUGAACUAUCCGUGAGCGUGGAGUACAAAGGAUUCCUUACCAUGUUCGAGGACAUUUCCGGCUUUGGAGCCUGGCACCGACGUUGGUGCUAUCUGAACGGCUCCGUGAUCAACUUCUGGAAGUAUCCGGACGAUGAGAAGCGCAAGACGCCUAUGGGCAGCAUCGAUUUAAAUGCAUGCAGUUCCCAAAAGGUAACCACUGCGCCGCGCGAUAUCUGCGCUCGCCUUAACACCAUGCUGCUGGAGUGCGAAAGACCUGCGCUGGACACGGACCAGGAGUCGCUGAUAAUCGUGCCCAACGGGCGAACCACUACAGUGCGCCAUCUGCUUUCCGCCGACACAAAGGAGGAGCGCGAGGAGUGGUCCGCUUACUUCAACAAGGCGUUGACAUUGCUGCGCGCCUGGGGAACUUCUCACUGAACUGCUGCCCCGCUCCUGCAAUCCUGUCAGCAGCACGGACACUGACACCAAACGGGCGGGUUGUUUAAAGUUUUCUCUUUUUAAGUUUACUCAAAUUACUAUUUAACAGCGCUCGCGUUUGUCUUUUUUGUUUUAUGUUUCCGACUCAAAUUAAUCGUAUUCCGCAUUCGACACGUUCGUGUUCGUAUUUUAUCGACGAAGUAUUGUUUGAAUACCUUUAUAUGUACAUUGCAUUUAGGAUGUCUCGCUAAAUAUAUAAUAUGUAUAAAUCCCAGUAAAAGGCGGCCGCCAGUUGUACACUGAAUAGUUUAUAGUUUAUUGAAUACUUUUAUACACGUACACAUUUACAUUCACAUA